AUGAACUUUCGGAGUUCAUUCGGGGUUGAUAGGAGACGGACUACGCCUCCUGUAAUAUAAAAGAAGAACAUCAUAUAUGCGAAAGGCCAAACCCCCGUCCUUCAACUCUAAUGCAUAGGAGAAUCUCUUCGUUUGCGAAGUCUUCUGGGAAAGUGCCAAGUUCGGCCCACACUGACGAGAAGGACACUGAUUCCACAGCCUCUACCAUUGUCCAUGAGGCAGUCGCUCCCCCUUCCCUCAAAAUCAAACGAGUGGAUCACUACUACAGCCGAUGGUAUAAGGCAUGGAGAUAUAGGAACACUAGCUCUACAAUUACUGUGGAGUCUGUUCCUCUAAUCAAUCGAGGGGAAAAUGAUCCUUGGAAGGAUUAUUUGUUUGUCAUUGUACGAAGACUUCCUGAUAGCAAUGCUACCGGUAGCAAGGAACCGAGCUUCAGGUUCGUUGUGAAGAGCGAAUACAUUCUCAAGGCGUGUAAGGAUGUUAUCCAGUCCUGGCCUGGAAUCUCUUGGAACAGUGAUCCACUUGAAAUUGACCCAGAGAUUUUUCUCACAUUUUUGGACGAGUUCAUUGCCUAUCGCGAUGAAUUAGCUUCCAAGUAUAAGAAAUCAGAUAUCGACACAUACGUCCUUCAAUCAGUCGACGUUCUUCUGAAGUGUCUUCAGACGGAUUACGCCAACACCAUUGCCACCAUUCAAAAGCUCAAAGCUCACGGCGAGAUUACCAGCAAGUUACUUUAUUCCAUUCUUGUCCCUCGUUCUAUCUUUGUCGCUCGUUGUGCAAUCACUGGCAAUCAUCGUCUCUUCAAACUCAUCUCUUACAGCCAUGUGAUGAUUGAUGAUAAACCGCGAUGCAUUCGCCUCGACCUGGAGAGCAUUGAUUUGGUUGAUAGACACGUUUCGCAAACUGUGGGUGCAGGUAGAGUCCGUACCGUUGUUGCCCUCAACGCGUUCGAUGGGACCGUUAAGAUUCAAGAUCUCGAUGUGUACCCUCUGAAGUUUCACCCUGAAUGUGAGAGCCUUCGGGUUUCCAUCUUGAGCAGGGCAAAGAAAUGGGUUGACUUGAUUGGGGUGCAUCACAAGGAAUUCGAUGGCGUAGCCGCCAUCAAACACGAAAAGCGCUUGAUUAGGCAAACUGUGAAAGGCCGUAUCAUGAUUGAUAGAGUCACCUUUCGCCGCUUCAAUCCAAAUUACCAAUAUCCAGAAACCUUUCAGGACGAAGCAAUUAUCAAUGAUACUAGCGAUCGAGCCGCCAAUGCUGACGAAUUUUCGAAUGGAACCCUUGUCUAUGCACGCUCAGGGACGGACAACGAAUCCGGAGAAGCGAACAGGUUCACAGAAGAGGAACUGCUUCUGACACCGACAACAGUGUAUGGAUUCAGCCUUUCUGACAAGCUUUGGUUGGAAUUCGAUGUUGAGAGGAUUACUGAUGUCGAUUGGAAUCAGGAUGCCUUUUCUAACCUAGUUUUACCAGAGGAUAGGAAAGAUCUUCUCCAAUCCCUAGUCGAAGCUCAUCACCUUAAGGUUGGAUUUGAUGAUUUUAUCAAGGGAAAAGGUCAAGGUCUUGUAAUAAACCUUUUUGGGCCUCCUGGUGUUGGGAAAACCUUUUCCGCCGAGGCUACGAGCGAGCAUGUCAAGCAGCCACUUUACCUCAUCGGAGCUGGAGAUCUUGGGACCACCGCCGCAAACUUGGACCUCGCGCUCGAGCGAGUGUUUGAGGUUGCGACUGCUUGGAAAGCGAUUGUCCUCAUUGACGAAGCGGAUGUAUUCCUUGAGCAACGUUCAUUGCAUGAUCUUGAACGUAAUGCGAUGGUCGCUGUCUUCUUGAGACAUGUCGAAUACUACCGUGGGAUCCUCUUCCUAACCACUAAUCGAGUCAAGGCAUUUGAUGAAGCAUUCCUCUCUCGGAUUCAUGUCGCCCUCCACUUCCACGAACUUCCAUUUGAAUCAAAGAUACAAGUGUGGACCGCGUUCAUCGCCAAGGUUGGAGCCACUGCUGCCGUUAACCCUGAGCAGCUUCGUCUUCUUGCGAUGAGGAAUGUGAACGGCAGACAGAUCAAAAACGCUGCACGCACUGCACAAUCCCUUGCUGUUGGAAGAGGCGAACCGCUUUCGUUCAAACAUUUCCUGUCUACCUUGGAUGCAAUGGAUGACUUCACUGCGAAGUUUGAAGCUAUUCGUGCGAGAAACGAGGAAUGAAAGUCUAAAUAGUCUAGAUAGCAUCUAGUUUUUGGAAUGC